AAGUAAGAAUCUUUAAACCCCAAAAUCCGAAGAUACGAUUCCGUCAAGACAAAGAAGAUUCACCCUUUUCUCCGAUCAAAGAGUUUGGUGGAUCGUUAGCGGAGUUUUGUACUCGUUUAUUUAUUGAAUUUCAGGUGCAGAUUCUUCCCUUUUCACGAUGACUGCUGAUCAAAGGAAUAACCAUGGAAAGAGGUACUGUGGUCAGACUGACUAUGAUGAGAACAAUGGAAGCAAAAGGAGAGACCGUGGUGAUGAUAGAGACUCGUUUGUAAUUGAUCGUGCUGAUACUGUUUACCGGUACUUGUGCCCUAUGAAAAACAUUGGAAGUGUCAUUGGUAGGGGAGGUGAGAUUAUCAAGCGACUAAGGGUUGGCACUAAAUCAAAAAUAAGAAUCGGGGAGUCAAUUCCAGGGUGCGAUGAACGUGUAAUUACGAUCUACAGCCCUAGUGAUGAGACCAAUGCCAUUGAAUAUGGUGACAAUUAUGUUUCUCCUGCUCAAGAUGCAUUAUUCAAGAUCCAUGAUAGAGUUGUUGCGGAGGAUUUACAUGGUGAAGAGAGAAGUGAAGAAGACCAGCAAGUUACUGCCAGGAUGCUUGUGCCUUCGGACCAGGUUGGAUGUGUUCUUGGUAAAGGUGGACAAAUAGUUCAGAAGAUUCGUAGUGAGACAGGUGCUGAAAUUCGGAUCAUUAAGGACAGAAAUAUGCCUCCAUGUGCCUUGAGCUCAGAUGACCUCAUUCAGAUUUCUGGAGAAGUACCUACCGUUAAGAGGGCUCUUCAUCAGAUUGCUUCUCGUCUUCAUGAAAAUCCAUCACGGACUCAGCACUUACUUUCUUCUGCAACUGUUGGUGGAUAUCCUUCUUGUUCGCUCAUCAGCCAAGCAGCUGGUGCUCAAAUUGUGGGGAUAGCACCAUUGGUGGGUUCCUAUGGAGGAUACAAAAGUGAUGCUGGAGACUGGUCACGCUCCAUAUACCAAGCUCCGAGGAAUGAGGCAUCAACAAAAGAAUUCUCUCUUCGGCUAGUUUCCCCAGUUGAAAAUAUUGGAGGUGUUAUUGGGAAAGGUGGUUCUGUAAUCAAUCAGCUUCGGCAGGAUACCAAAGCAACCAUUAAAGUUGAUAGCUCUAAAAGUGAAGGAAACGAUUGCCUCAUAACUAUCUCAGCAAGUGAGUACUCUGAGGAUGCAUAUUCUCCGACUAUAGAAGCUGUUAUGCGGCUGCUGCCAAAGUGCAGCGAAAAGGUUGAAAGAUAUUCUGGACUUGUCUCAUUCACCAUGCGUCUACUUGUGCAUAGUUCACGGAUUGGUUGUCUGCUUGGUAAAGGAGGAGCUAUCGUAACUGAGAUGAGAAGAACGACCAAAGCUAGUAUUCGCAUACUUGGAAAAGAGAACCUUCCAAAAGUCGCCUUUGAAGAUGAUGAAAUGGUGCAGAUUUCUGGAGAACUUGAUGUUGCCAAGGAAGCUCUUAUACAAAUAACUUCGAGAUUAAGAGCCAACUUUUUUGACAGGGAAGGUAUUGCUUCUGCAGUUUUGCCUGUUGCACCAGAUGCUUCUGUUGCACCAGAUGCUUCUGAUAGGAUAGACUAUGACAGAAGAGAUAGCAGAAGGCCCGGACGUGGGAAUCAUUAUCCAGGUGGUUAUGGCUCAAGUGGUUUGCCUGCUGAAGGUUAUUUGUCUUAUGGUGCACUGGAAAAACCCAUAGAGAACGAGCAUAAUUCCCAUGUGGCUCGAGAGGAUGCCGACAAUCAUCCGCUGACACAAGAGAUGGUUCGAUUACUACAGCAGGUGAAUGAGCGUAUAGAGCGACUUGAGUUGGGCCAGCGGGAGCCACCACGGGUUUGUCCACAUGAACGACCCCGAGAGGCUCGCCGGUUUGUGAGAGGAGGGGCUGAACGUUAUGCUGCUCGUAGGGAAGAGCAAGAGCAUAGUCCGAGCUGGGAUGAGAUGGAAGGGGAACUCGAAGAACAAUUUGAGGAUGAUCCAUUCGAAGUUCCUAGGCGGCCUAGACGAAUGGAACACUGUAGGGAGAGACCCGAUGAUGAUCUCAGUGGCAUCCGGAUGGAGAUUCCUCCAUUCAAUGGGAGAGGUGAUGCCGAGGCUUACCUGGAGUGGGAGAGGAAGACCGAGAUGGUCUUUGAUUACCAGCAUUAUUCGGAAUUGAAGAAGGUUAAGAUGGUAGUUUCGAGAUUUAGUGACUAUGCGUUGGUAUGGUGGGAUCAGAUUAGAGUCACGAGGAGGAAUAUUGGUGAAGCUCCAAUUGCCACAUGGAAUGUCAUGAAAGAGGUAAUGAGACGCCGAUUUGUACCUAGUCAUUAUCAUAGAGAUGUGUGCCGGAGACUACGACAAUUGGUUCAAGGGAGUUGCAGUGUGGAGGAAUAUUACAAGGAGAUGGAGAUGUUGAUGAUCCGAGCUGAUAUUGAAGAAGAUGUAGAGGUCACGAAUGAGAGGUUUUUGGGAGGAUUGAAUGUGAACAUUCAGGAGCGCGUAGAACACUUUCAUUACGAGACUUUGGAGGAUCUAUUACAUGUAGCCAUCCGAGUAGAGCGCCAGCUCAAGAGGAAGGGCAAGAUGUUGAUACGGCCUGAGUGUGAGUUGCAAGAGAAACAACAUACUGCAAUUAGAGUCGAGUUGAAAGGUGAACAAUUCAAACCGAAAAAGCAAGGUACCAUUUACUCUUCCGACACGCGGAAUUGUGAUAUUAAAUGCUAUCUUUGUAUGGGAUUUGGACAUCAUGCUAAAGAUUGCGCGAACAAGCGGGUUAUGGUUAUUAGGGAUGGGAAGGUAGAGACUGAUUCUGAGUAUGGUGAUGACAAGAGUGUUGAUUCGGAUGGUUAUGAGGAAAUCUCUGCCUGUUAAGGGUGAGUUGUUGGUUGCUAGGCGUGUGGGCUUGCACAAAGGUCGACAUUAUAGAACAAUGGGAGAAUCUGUUUUACACGCACGGAACCGUUCUUGAACACACUUGUAACGUGAUCAUAGAUAGUGGGAGCUAUACAAACGUAGCUAGUGCAUCGAUGGUGGAGAAGUUGGGAUUGCUCACCACGACAUCCUAAACUGUAUAGGCUACAGCGGUUUAAUGACUGUGGUGAGACUAAGUUGAGCAGGUAAGUUCGAUACCGUUUUGCUUUGGGAAGUAUGAGGGUGAAGUGUUGUGUGACGUGGUACCUAUGCAAGCGGGACAUUUGUUAUUUGGACGACCUUGGCAUUUCGAUAUGUGGGUACAACAUGAUGGAUAUGCUAAUAUGUAUUCAUUUGAGUUCAAGGUUGAACUGGUCACAUUGGUGCCUCUUACACCAAAGGAGUUACAUGAAGAUCAAGUGGCGCUACUACAGCGAGAAAAGGGCAUCGAGCAUACUCCGCGAAGACCAACACGCUCUUUGUCAUGAGAGUGGAAGCAAACGGACUAGAGGAUGGUUUGUAUUUGAUGGUAAAUCCUUUUGAAGAGGAAGAACAUGAUAGGAAUGAUCGGGAGCACGAGAUCAAGAAUGAAGACGGACGUCACACUCUUUGAUCCUGUCUUGCCGAUCGACCGAUCGUAACUUUUGUGGAGCUGUGAUCCAAGAGCGCGAUCAAGUGAUCGUCGCCAUGACGAUCGACCAAUUGUGACUUCUGAGUGUUUUGAUCCGAGAGUGCGAUCGACCGUUCGCGUCGUCUGAGUAUUUUGGCGAAUUUUAUCUCCGAGAGGACGAUCGACAGAUCAUCACACCAGAUUUCGUUAUUUUUACGAGUUUUGUUAAAGCUAUGUAGUUUUGGACAUCUAUCUAGGGUUUUCUGCUUUAUAUUAUUUUGUUGUUAUUUCUGAACAGGAAGCUUGGUUUUCUUUUGGUGCUAUUAGAGUUUUCUAAUAAAGGAGACAGCGAUUCCUCUUC